AUGGAUGCCGAGAAGGAGUACGACGCCAUGGUGUCAUGGCUGCCGAAUCGAUCCAUUCAAUAUCCUUUCAACGGAUUCAAGAUCAACAAUUCACAGCUGCUCCAACAGCAGCAGCAACAGCAGCUUCAACCAUCGCAGCAGGGUGGUGCGGGUGGUAGUCGCGGCACUAUCUCCCGAGGACACUCAAGAGAGAAUUCAUACUCGAUGUCAAGGUCAUUGUCGAUCGCCGACCUCAACCACGACCAGCUCGACACAUCUGGCGGGCUCAACGCAUCGCAGGCGUUACCAAACAACAACGGCCCAACAUUACUUGGUAAUAACGUGCCAAUGUUGAUCGAGCACUGCUACCAGAUCUCUGGCGUCGUGCCCGAGAUGGAUGCCACGUUGUACAAGGUCGAGGGCCAGUCGAUGUGGAUCACUCCUAAAGUGAUCGUAUUUCAAAGGGACUUUGCAAAGCGAGUUGACGGCGAUGCAUCCUCGUCGGCGUCCGAGCCUCAGACACAGACAGAGUACUACCUAUUCAGUCGAACUGAUCAUGGAAAGGUGGCGCAUCACAUAUUUGACGAGCGUAUGCAGUCGAUCAUGCUGCAUGACCAAUCAUUCUACUUCAUCAGCAGCAGUGGACUCAAUGUGAUCAUGAUUGAUCAGAACCAGCAACAGAUACUCAACAACUUGAUCAUGUACGAGGGUAGCGCCAGCGCCAACUACCUAUGCGCGCUCAACAAUUGGAACAAACGCGACCUCAAGAUCCACGCACUGCAACUCGGUCUCAAGUACCGCCAGCUGGACGUGGUGGAGCCCGCACUCAAGAGUCUGGACCUGGACCAGCAACUCAUUGGCAGUCGACUGCUAGUCAACACCAUCCUCGAGUACACUGCCAACGCGUCCAACGCCAACGUGCACAACGAGUCAUUCACAUCAGAUCUGCUGCACAUUGGCAUGAACUUCAUUGGUCUGAUCAUCAAGGACCGCGCCUCGCUGGUCCAUUCGGCCAUCAGCUCUCAGUCCAACGUGGGCGACAUCAACUUCAACUGGACUGAGACGCUGACCACCCCCCUGAACGAGGCCAACCUCACACUCUCAUCGCUCAACGUUAUCCUCUCACCGAGCCACUCGCACUUUACCAAUCAACCGGGCGCCAAUACACACAGCAGCGCGCAACUCGAGGACAUCAACUCGCCCAUCCAGGACCUGCUCAACUUUACAACGAUUCUAGAAGCAUUCCGCAUGUUCCAGAAACAGCAACAGCCAAGCGCAAGCAAGCAGCAGCACUCAUACGCCAACCGUCACCCCAUCAACAUCGCGGGCGGUGGACAUGGCGGCAUGAGUCAGGGCGCCUACGUGCUCUCGACCGAUGAGAUCGAUAUGGGACCCUGGUUUGAGGGUCUACGCGAGCGCUGGGAGCGCAUGGAGGAGUUGGAGAUCGUCAAAGAGUCGCUGGCAAACAACACUAUCUCAUCUGUGAUAGCAUUUAUCAAUUGGAAGCGCGAGAAGCAUGGUCUGUUGAUGCCAUCUGGCGCGGCAGCAUCACAGGACGACUUGUUGCGCAUCAGUGGAAGCAUAAGUAACGCGAGUGCAGGAGGCAACUCAGACGCCAUGAGCCAGCGUGAUGGAGGCAUUGGCGGCCUCCCCAAGAUCAUCCCGCCCACUGGAACCUUCACUUUGGCUCACUUUAGACAGAUCGCCGCAUGCCUGGUCUACCAGGCCAUCAGCCAGGACCAGCUGGAGCAGGCGAUCAAGUUCCUGUCUCACCUGGGCCAGCCAAUCGUGCCCCAUCUCAAGCAGAUCGCAUUGAGUACAUCGCGUCGAGGCAUCCGUAAUCUUUUGCUAGAGGCGCUUGCCAACCACCCCAUGGCCAAGGAUACUUCCAUCUUCUCUGCCGACUUCCUGGCGUUGAUGGAGUUCGCCAAGCACAUGGAGAAGCUCUACCCCAACGCAAGCUACUACCGCGAGUUCUCUCGUCUCUCGUUCAAAUGGCGCCCCUUCCAAGAGUCCAAGCCGUCACAGUUGCUACUUCAGAAUGCUUCGGCGCAGAACCUUUCACUUUCGCGCCAAGGCAGCUUCGACACGCAGACCACUGACGAUGACCUCAAGCCAUUAUGCCAGGAGGUCGACGACAUCCUGCCAGACACAGAGAACAACUACGGCUUCCACAUCGUCACACACAACAUUGGAGGCAGCAGCAACAACAUCUAUCAGCAGUCCAACGUAUACAGUAGCGGCUAUCUGCGACCCAACGCGGUGCCAAGCGGCCCUAUCGACCUCAACACUGGCAGUCGCAACCUUAUCACUCUAUAUCCGCCCAUCAAGAACGAGCCAGGCAGCAUGCCCUACUAUGCGAACGAGGGCGGCGAUGGAUACAGUCACUUCACACUCAACUGGGCGUCGCGAUGGUCACACGACACACGCGAGCGCAUUCUGAUCGAUCGCCAAUUCGAGUUGGACAAGCGUGACCGUUUCUCCAAGCUGUUGUUCGCCGUGUCUCAUUCCCGCGCACAAGAUGUCAUUACAUGGGUCGACUCGCUCACGCCUCCUGAGCUGCAGUACUUCCGCUCGCUCAUCCUGCAGGAUACUGCUUCGGUUGCCUCUGCCUCACCUGCACCCGAACUGGUCGAGGUGCACCAGGCCAUCCUGCGUGCGGUCUGUAUCUCGCCACCAUACAUUCGCGAGGUGCUACUCAAUCAGCUGGCCAAGCAUCGCGUGUUCCUUCUCGACGUGGAGACAGCCCCGUUGUUCUAUAUUGAGAGUCGCGAGAAGAAUACCAGCCGCGAGCACUUGCUCCUGAAGCGUCUGGCCAUCUCCCAACAGCUGUUCCCCACGCUCAGCAACGGCAUCGUCCAAUCACACGCCUAUCCACUCAAUCACUUGCUGCCCAUCGGCCAGUCGGCCCCAUUCCAUAGUUUCUUCAUUCGCUUCUGCAUUGAGAAGAAGUUGUUGUUGCUGCUGUCCACUUACCUGCAGGCGUACAACCUGGCCACCACUCAAUCAGUGCGCGCUGAACACACUGGAAUCAUGCAGCUCGAUAUGCUCGCACCUGAAGCUGAGCUCCUCUUCCUGUUGCGUUCGCGCACCGCCUCGGACCUGCUGCGCGCCAACGUCGUCAACAUUGCCACGGCUUUGCGCAUCGCUGCCCCAUCGUCGUCGGCCGGCCUUGACGGCUUCAUCUCUGCAGUCAACAGUGCUCUGGACGCUGGUCGUCCGAUGAUGGCUCUGGCUGCAAUGAUCUACGCGCCCGUAUCGAUCGCCAGCCUCGUCAGCGAGGUCACAGAGCUGGGCGCCAAGAUCAACAUGCCCCCACUGCUUGAUCACCUGCGUACUCAAUCACCAACGCUACACGCACUCUUCUCGCGAUUGGAGAAGUCCAAUCACUCACGAAUCAAUCAAAAGUCGAGACUAGCCAAGCAAUCAAAGCCACGCGAUAUUGUCAGCUCCAAGGCUGACAUCACCCUAUCAGAGCUACUCGAGGCCAACUCAAUCUUCAACCUCUCCUCGCUGUUUGGAGCGAUUGGCGCCGACCCGCUCUCAGUGCGCGUGCCAGACUUUGCACUCACAUCAUUCAAGGAAGGCUACAUCGACCGUAUCGACGUGUUCUAUUACCUCGAAAAAGGUCGUCCAUUGCGCGCAUUCCGAUUCUUUGCCGCCCAAGCCCUGGCCAAGGCUGGCUCAUCAGCGCGCAACGAUGACAAGCUGCAUCUGACGGUGGAGCAGACAAAGAUCAUUGGAUGGCUGAUCAGAUCGUUCGCACUCAAGAGAGUGAACGACAACACAUCGGUCUGUGCCGCGAUUGCCUUCUUGGAGCUUGCCUCUUUGGAUUAUCUGGCGGCCAUGGUCAAGGUGGACAUCUGUGUGGCCAAACGCAUCAUCACAGCCAAGCAGGCGGCAGCGUCCGAGUCCGACGCCGACUCGGCCCAGCCCAUCGGCUCCAGCUCCAACGACAUCAUCAAUGUGUUCUUGUCGAUGUACACGUCGCCAGACCUGAUCCCCGCGACCUGGGCUAUGUCCGAACCUCUCGACUCUAAUGGCCCGGCUCAAGCCGUGCCCGGCACGCCCAUCGCCAAGAUUAUCAAUGCCUUUGAGGACUCAAUCGCGCUCGACGAGCCGCUGAGUGAGAAUGACUCAAACUGGGCCGUCCUGGCACGUUUCUGCAAGGUGCACAACGUGGCCAAGCUCACACGUCGCCUGGAGAACUGGGCUCGUCACGACAACUGGCUGGCCUUCCUAUACGAGGCCCAACAACACGAGUUCCCCCUGCCACAGGUACGCCAGAUCGUACGACAGUUCAGCAACCAGGGUAUCCGCUCUCAUCUGACUCUGAUCCUGGAGGGCGUUGCCAACGAGCGCACACGCAAUCUGCCUCCCACCCCACAACCGCCCCCCUCUGAGCUUAUCUCACUCUCAUUGCAGUACCAUCCAAUCGAGCCAUCCAAGCUCAACAAUGACAUUGUAGGCUACCUGUUGGCAUCAUUCAGAUCACAAGACCCUGGCAACUAUCUCCUUUACUACGCUGUCCAACAUAGUCGCGCACUUCUCACUGUCCUUGCUUGUGUCUGCGCCGCGUCAACACACCACAGCGACAUCACCACCAUUGGAUGUCUGGUCACCUGGCUCAUUGUAAAUGUGCCCUCACUGUCCUCACACCUGAAUGGCAAUCAGACAUUGAUGCUCGAGCCUGGCGAUGCGAUGAUGGAGACCACUGGCGACGUGCCCCCACAGCGACGAUGGGGCUACGACGAUCUGUGCGCAUCAAUCAAUCAUAUUAUCCAGCAGCGCAAGACAUACCUCCUUAUCCAGGGCUUCAAGAUCUUCAUGCCCAACAACCCUCUCAAGAACUUCCUGCGCUUCAUCAACCAGUUCCAUCAGUAUCGUUUCGAGGAGUCUGAGCAAAGUCUCGGACUGUUCAUCGCCGAGACACAGAGCCACGCCGACAACAAGGAGAGCGCAGACGCGCGUCUCGUCGUCAUUGACGUGUGCGAGCGUCUCGUCGACCUGUUCACAUCGUACGAGCGCGAGCACUUCCUGGACAUCCUUCACCGCAGCGGCCUGUCCACGGUGUUCUCCACGCUGCACUCCACACUGCACCUGCUUAAGCGCACAAUGCUCGAGGAUAAGAACAUCCGCCUCGACCCCAAAAUCAUCAUCCAGCAGCUGAUCGAGAAGAGCCUGUUUGAGGAGGCGCGCAAGUACUCCAACGAGAACAACUUGGACAAGGACAUCAUCACGUUGGCCGAGGUCGAGUCGCUCGUGGCCCAUUACAAGCAAGGCUGUCUGUGGGAGAUCGAGCAGGAGCGCAUCAACCUGUGGAAGAAGUGUCAGCAAUACUUCAUCCUGCACGGCUGUCGCCCCGAGGUUGCCGGAGACUUCUUCAAUCAGAUCGGGGCCAAGCUGCUGCCAUCCAACGAGAAGGUCUUCCUGCUCACGACGACGAUCGAGUGGUACGAGCGCAAGCCGACGCCCAACGUCUUCCAGAUCGAGGACCUGAGGAAACAGAUCCUUCUCAUCUCUGUGGGUCUGUCGCUCGAGUCGGACAACUCAGAGGACCGCGACUCGACCUCCAAUUCAGUGUCGCCGUCCACAUCUCCAGGUCGUGCAUCGCACCUGCCCCAUUCAUCAUUCGCCUCGCCCAUUCCUUCGCCAUCGUCCUCCCUGUCCUCAUCGCCCAAUGACAACGAGCCUGGCAUGCACUCAUCGCGACGCUACAGGUACAGUGUGUCCCCGCCUCAAGGCCCAUCGCCAAUGGAUUCACGACAACUGGCAUCGACGCCAACAAACACCUCAUCCUCGACGCCACUGGCCUACCUCUCGCCAGCCAAGCCAUCGCGCAUGGACCUAGUGCUGGACGCAAAGGGACUUGACAAUGUCAUUGCCAAACUUCUCAACAGCGGCAACUUUGUGCAGGCGGAGCAGAUCUCCAAGCAGUUUAACUUCAAGAGCUUGGACUAUGAGAUCAUUCAGACGAUGCUGCAGGUGGCCAACAAGACCAUCUCGACCAGCCCCCACUCAUUCUCGCCAACCGUACUAACAGCACUCGAACAGAGCUUCAACGGCCUGAAGUGGUUGAAGCAGCAGCAACAGAUGAAUGAGAAUGGCGUCCCAUCGCAGUCCUUCCACCUGGCACAGACUGUCCUCUCACCCACCAUGACAGCCUCGAUGCAGGCCAAUCCCAUCGCCGGCACCCUCGAAGUGCUUGCAUCAUGCUGCCAACACGCCAAAGAGGCGGCCAAGGCCAUCACGACCAAGUACAACGUCAGCCAGAAGAUGUCGAUGAGCUUCUCGGACCCUCAGCUCGAGAACCACUUUGGCAUCGUCAAUCUGUUGCUGAUGCAGGGCAAGGAGUGCUUCCGUUUGAUCAAGUCGUUCAUCUCCACCAAUCACAUGGACACCGUUCGUUUGAACGAGCAGCUGGCCGACAACUUUGCCAAGGCCGUCAAGGCGUUCUUCCCCUCAUCCAAAGGCAUCACUACGUCAAUGUCCAACAUGGACCUCUCAGGCUCAUCAAAGAACAUGUCGCCAACUGGUGGCGAACAAUCCCCUCCCACUCAAUCCGCGGCCAAGAAUGGCAUCGACCCCAACUGGUCGUCCGAGGAGUUCCACGAGUAUGUUAGACUUGGACGCGACCCAUUCUCUUUUGGAAUGCGCCUACUUGAGGCCACUGGCAUCGACUUUGACAAGUCAGCCAUCACAAGCUCCCCCAUCGUUGGCAAACCCAGCAUCAUGUCGCCCUUUGGCAUGGAAGCAGAGGUGGAACUAUUUGUCCGCGCACACUUCUGUUUUGUAGUAGCGUGCAGUGUUGAUGGCUCCAUUCUUGUGCAGAACAUUGUCAAGUCUCGAAUCAACUACUACGCCGAAGCCAAUCAGUUCAAGCUACUGGUGCGCAUCAUCACUGGCAUGCAAUCAUACAAUGAACUACAGGGUAUCCUUGACAUCCUGUUGCAACACGACAGUUUUGAACUACUGCUACGCAAGAAGAUCAAUCAACACGAGGACAGCAAUGGCCUGAAGCUCGCACUGCACAGCUACCUGCUAAAGAAACAGCCACUCUACCAGGAGAAGCUGGAGAUGCUCUUCUACCGUUUCAACAUGCAUCGCGAGAUCGCUGCACUGCACGAGCAAAAGGCAAGGACUUUGUUGGAGGGCGCCACACGCGACCCAAAGGCACCCAUCAACAACUACAUCAAGGACUUGUUGGCAGCGAUGAAGGGAUUCUUGGACGCCGCAGACAACUAUGCCAAGGAACGAUCCAAUCGUACCUCUCAACAAUGUGUGGCCAUGGGCACUUUGGUCGCGCUACAAAUCAAACUUCCAGACAUCAAGUUGAUCAAUCUCAAGGUGGCCGAAGCAAGACAAGUGAUGGCAUCACGACAACAAUUCCGCGAGUCCCUAAUCAUUGCCAACGCAUACAACAUCAAUGCCUACUCUGAGUGGGUCAAUGUACUCUUCCAACAAGUGAUGUGUCUUGGCAAUUAUACUUUCCUCCAGGAGUAUAUCUCCAACUUCUCAACAUCACAACACUUGUGCCACGACCUGAUCAAACGUGUAAAGACAGACAGUCUCAAGGCUACCAAAGUGCAACAUGUAAAACACUUCCUUCUCAACUUUGUAAACGAUAAGCACGUCCGAUAUGACCUGGCCAAGGAGAUGCAGUUCGAAGACAUCGCCAACCAGACCUACCAGAGCACUCUUGGCAUUGGCUACUUCAAGUCCACCGGCGCAUCAACAGCAUCGCCAGCCAAGAAGCUCAACCUGAUAUAA